AAAAUAAUUUUUUUCUAAUUUUUCAAAAUCAGUCUAAAUCAAAAUGAAUCCGCUGACAGACGAAGAAUGGGAAGCGUACAAGCUUGAAUUCAAAAAAUUCUACAUGGACUCAACUGAGGAUGCAAUGCGUCGGAAGUUGGUAGCGGAACGUAAGGCAUUCAUCGAUGACCACAAUCGUCGUUAUGAGGAAGGUUUGGAGACAUUCACCUAUGGUCUGAAUGGUUAUACGGAUGUAACCGAGGAAGAGAGACGUCGACGAUGGUAUCGGCCAAUGGUUGAGUGAA